AUGUACGGUGGAUCCGCAGACGGAGAUCCUCACUUGCGGGUCUACGACGGCACCGGGUACGACUGCCACGGGCAGGGCGAGUUUGUGUUGACCAAGGCUGCCGCCACGGAGAGCGAAGUCCAGGCCCGUUUCCAGCAGUGGAGCCAAAACCCGGACCCAGCGGUCACCGUCACCACCGGCAUCGCAGCGCGCGAGGGAACCUCUUCUUUGAUCCAGGUGACGACGGCUGCCUCCGGCGGUGUCGAGGUCUUGGUGGAUGGAGAGCUGUACGACGCGAGUGCUUCUUCUGUCAUCGGAAUUGCGCUCGAGGUCACGUCGUCUCGGGUGGAAAUUAGCUUUGAGUCGGGACUAGACGUGUUCGUGUCAACCAGCAUUAACGGAAUGCUGAGGGUCAACGCGUAUGCGCCCGUCAGCCUCGCCACUACGGGUCUCCUCGGCAACAACAACGGAGAGCUGGGCGACGACUUUACGACCGUGGACGGAGAGACUGUCGGCUUCGCGACUGCCUCACCGACAGUGGAAGAAGGCACGAACUACUGCACCACGAACUGGUGCACCACGGCAGACGCGUCUCUCUUCACCUACGCGGAGGGGGAGGACCACGGCACGUUCGACUUGUGCGACGCGGUCUACGCGGCGCCCGUGUUGCCCGAUACCAUCCCGGCGUCAAUCACAGAGCUAUGCGGCGACAACGCCGACUGCAUCAUAGACGCCCUUCUUGCUGGCGAGGAGGUGGGUCAGGCGACGCUCGAAGGACAAGCGGAGGAUCGAGCCUACCAGGAAGAAGUUGUUUGUGCGCGAGCAAUUCUUUUCAGCAGCACCGGUGCGCCGCCCUGCACGACUUGCCCCGACGGAGAGGUUUCCGGCACCGGCGCGACCGCGUGCAUCCGUCAAGAGCUCGUGGGUCUGAGUCUCCCCGAGAACAUCGCCGCUGCCAUGGCAGCUGACGCCAUGGGCGGCUUUGCCGGCCCGGGAUCCCUCACCACGACACCGGCGGGAACGAUCCAGCUCACCGAGGAGGACGGCGGCUCCGUGUCGCUGUCCGGCACUUUCGUUCGCGACGACGGCGCGGCGCUGCCGAGCUCGACUUCCGUCUUCAUCUACACCGAGAACACGGCACAGCCGGACGACUUCGUCCGCGGCCAGGAGGCACUGGAUCCCUCGACGGGGGCGUUCUCGACGGUGGUGACCGACAUCCCAGCGGGCAGCAGCAGGUUGCUCCUCAGCUUCGUCGUCGUGGAUCCCGCGGAGGCACUUGAUACCGCGGGAGCCGACACGGCGUUUGCGCUCGACGUCUCCAACUCUGCCUGUGUACCGUCGCUGACGAUCACCCUGGAGUGGACCGGCGAGACAUCUGACGUAGAUCUCUAUGUCGUCGAGCCCGGCGGAGAGGUCGUCUACUUCAGCAACCGGGGUGGGGACGUCGGGUUCCUCGACAACGACGAUACUUACGGGUUCGGGCCCGAGAACUACAUCAUCGACAGCGCACUCGAUCCCGCCGCCAGCCAGGUGCUUGGCGAGUACGAGACGUACGUCAAACUCUACUCAGGCGACGCGGCCACGGAAACUUGGCGCCUGACUGCCCGCGUUUCCGGAGAAGUGGUGUGGAUCGAGGAGGGUGAUUUCAUCUCCUCCACCCAAUCUGAUACUUUUGCCGUCUCUCUGAGUGUCUACGAUCCCACUUGCGGAGGUGUCCCGUGA